GUUGAUACAGUCUGCGGAACAGCUGUGAGAGAACAACAAAGCUGACGCGAUAUUUAGCGUCAGAAUCGACGAGAAGGACAAAAAUAACGUGAAAAUACAACAACAAAACUGGAUUCGAGGUUGAUAAAGACUAGAAAAGUGGUCAAGAAAACCGGUUAUUAACAUUCGUGUCGACAAAACUCUGAAAAUUACAGAUUCAAGGUUGGUCUCGGCUGACAACAGUACUAUGGGCCGGAUCUUCCUGGACCACAUUGGCGGGACCCGCCUCUUCUCCUGCGCCAACUGUGACACCAUCCUGACCAACCGCUCAGAGCUCAUCUCCACGCGCUUCACUGGCGCCACGGGCCGGGCCUUCCUCUUCAACAAGGUGGUGAACCUGCAGUACAGCGAGGUGCAGGACCGUGUGAUGCUGACGGGCAGACACAUGGUGCGAGACGUCAGCUGCAAGAACUGCAACAGCAAGCUGGGCUGGAUCUACGAGUUUGCCACAGAAGACAGUCAGCGCUACAAGGAAGGCCGCGUCAUCCUCGAAAGGGCGCUAGUAAGGGAGAGCGAGGGCUUUGAGGAGCAUGUGCCCUCUGAUAACUCCUGAGUCCUCGUCCCCCCUUUCUGCCUUGUGAACCCAACGUCUUUCCCAAUCCCCAGUGUCCCUACACUGCUCUCCCUAUAGGCAACUACCUGUGUAUCAGCUUCCCACCAGCAAGAAUUGUGUAGAGCUAGACAAUCCUGUCAUUUAGUCCGCCCCUAACACACAUUGUACACACAAAACAUUUGAGAAUGCACUUGCUCACAGGCUAUACUGCUUGCGUAUAAUGUACAUGCAUUAGAUUCUACACGAUACAUGUGUAGACAUUGGAAUACAGCUGCCCGAAGAGUAGGGGUUGUAUCUUCUUAUUGACCCUGAGUGGAGAGCAAGGGUGCAUGGACAGAUGCUGAUGCCUUUAUGUCAGUGUUACAGCUGUGUAUGAUAAAACAACCACUCAGUUGUGUGAGAGUGUGCUGGGGGUGUUCCACCAUAAAAUAAAAAAGCGUUGGGUCAAAAAUUUGACCAGAAGAUGAGUGAUGGCUUUCCGCAUUGUGAUGCUUGUGAUCAAGUAAGCUUGUGUUAGGAUUCAAUAUUUACGUUUUAUUUAGUGAGAAUGGGUGUGAAAAUGUAUGAGGAAAUAAUAUUUCAGAAUUUUGUCAUUAAAACCAGUUUCCAUUUGCUUUUACUAACAUGCUUUUUUGAUUUGAUAGUGAUUUUUUAAAUGUUAUUUUUUUCGCGUUAUAGAACUGACGUCAACCCUCACUUUGAUCCCGAUGAUAAAUGCAUGUUUGUGUACUAAAGCCUCUCUCCACGUCUACCGCUGGAACGACAGCACACCUAGACUAUAGAACCUAUGAUCAACCUCAAAUGCUGACAAUUGUGUAACAAUUAUCAAAAGACAACUUGACCAUCGUGUAAAUGUGACCAAAAUACAAUUUAAUGGCAUUGUUGAUAAUAUUGCCAUUUUAGGAUUGGUCAGUGCUGUGUUUUCUUUUUGGGUUGUGUAGUCUUUUUGGGUUGUGUAGUCUUGCGAUGCCAUCCUUCCAAUCCUCGUUCAUCACUCCGCUAUUGGAACGAAGGAACAAAAUCGUGAGAAAGCCUGGAAAUCAAACCUAGGGGUUGAGUUAAAGCUACUGUUUUUUCGUCGUCAAGGCCUCCGGGUUUAUGAAUUAUUAUAAUAAAGAAAUUGAUCAUAUGAAUCAACUUUA